AUGGCUUCCGAUACCCCUUCGCUAUCCUCUGACACAGUUGCGAACGAUACAACCAUGGAAUUACAACAGAAAACUCGUACCUUGUACCAACGCGUAUCAGGUGUUUUGGGUCACCGGCAGAUAGAUACCAAGGAUCUUCUCAGCCAAAAAUAUCCAGGAAGCGGCACGGACGAGUCUCCAUAUGUCAUUACAUUCCAACCCAACGAUCCAGAAAACGCUAUGGCAUUCCCCAAAUGGAAGAAAUGGUCCUUUACCGGCCUUCAGGCUAUUGCUACUCUUGCCACGUCGUUUGCCAGUUCAGCUUACUCGGGAGGGAUGAAGCAAGUGAUACAAUACUUCAAUAUAUCUUCAGAGGUUGCCACACUCGGUAUAUCACUAUAUGUUCUUGGCUUCGCACUAGGACCCCUGGUAUGGGCUCCUCUGUCUGAAGAAUUUGGUCGACGAAAGAUAUUCUUUGUCAGCUUUAUGGCUGGAACAGCAUUCGCCGCCGGGUCUGCUGGGGCGGAUUCCAUCGAGGCGUUGCUGGUCUUUCGCUUUCUAACUGGAUCCAUCGGGUCGGCACCUCUUUCCAACGCACCAGCUGUUAUUGCGGAUAUGUUUGACAAGUCAGAACGCGGCAUGGCGAUGUGUAUGUUCUCGGGAGCGCCAUUCCUAGGACCUGCCAUCGGCCCCAUCAUAGGCGGCUUCUUGGCUCAAACUGAGGGCUGGCGCUGGCUCCUUGGACUUCUGGCGAUCUUUAUCGGUGCUAUAUGGAUCGUUGCAUCAAUUAUAAUUCCAGAGACUUAUGCACCAUACAUCCUCAGAAAAAGAGCUGAAAGACUGUCAAAGGCCACAGGCAAAGCUUAUAUCUCGGGUUAUGAUGUAGAUAGACCAGCGAGGUCCGCAGCUCACCACCUCAAAGCGACUUUGACAAGGCCGUGGGUACUUUUGUUCAAAGAACCCAUCAUCUUAAUCUUAUCUAUCUACAUCUCCAUUAUCUAUGGCACCAUGUACAUGUGUUUUGCAGCAUUCCCCAUCGUUUUCCAAGGCGGAAGAGGCUGGAAUCAAGGUGUUGGCGGACUUGCGUUUCUUGGUAUCAUUGUCGGAGUUGCACUGGCCAUCUUAACCUUUAUGUACGAGGACAAGCGCUAUGCCAAGGCAGCUAGUACCAGAGAUGCUCCUUUGGAACCCGAAGAUAGAUUACCACCCGCAAUGAUGGGCUGUGGUCUUAUUCCUUUAGGUCUGUUUUGGUUUGCGUGGACUAGCUUUGACAGCAUUCACUGGAUUGUCCCCAUCAUUGGUACUGUCUUCUUCGCCUGGGGUCUUGUGUUAGUCUUCAUGGCACUAAUGAACUACCUUAUCGAUUCAUAUGUUGUCUUCGCUGCGUCCGUCAUGGCAGCCAACUCAGUAAUUCGAUCUCUUUUUGGCGCUGCCUUUCCCUUAUUUACAAAGCAGAUGUACCAGAAUCUCGGUAUUCACUGGGCAAGUUCUGUACCGGCAUUCCUCGCAUUGGCAUGUGUACCUUUUCCGUUCUUAUUCUUCAAGUAUGGGCGAAAAAUACGAAUGAAAUGUGAAUAUGCGGCUGAAGCAGCAAACGUUCUCGAGAAGACUAGGACACAGGAUGCUGCAAUCACUGAAGAAGAUGCUAUGGAAGAGGCUGAGGAGAUGUGGAGAGCUAGCAGACGCAAUAGUCGUGCCAGCAGAGCAUAG